AGCCGACCUAGCGGCAUUCGAGAGCCCCGCCUCGGUUCGGGGAGGUUGUCGCUUCUUCCCUGACAUCCGAGCCUCGACGCCGUGAUUUUUGAGUGAACGGCGGUCAGAGGUAUUCCAAGUAUGGCAGCCAUGCGUCGGCCGUCCAUCUGCAUGGCCGUCGUCCUGGUCUGCGGCAUCGGCUUGCACGGAGUCGAAGCCGGGCGAGGCAUCAAAACAAAAAAUUAUGGUUCUGGAGGGUUCAAGAGCCCAAUCAGGGAGAGGACUGAAAUGUCUCACAACUACGGCACCGGCGGCAUCAAGAGCCCCGUCAUGGAGAGAAUAGAAAUGUCCCGGAACACCAGCGCAUUCUGCGACGUUCCACCAAACCCCAGCGCUGCGUCGACAUCUUGCCAAAGGAAACGGGACAGCAUGCGGUGUACAGCCAACUGCAUGACUGGGUUCCAGUUUCCCGACGGAAGACGUCACAUGACAUUGAACUGUGAUCUAACGACCCGACAGUGGACGCCACUUCAGCGGUUCCCUGACUGCGAAGGAAUCUGUCAGCCUCAGUGUCUCCAUGGGGGUCGCUGCUACGGCAACAACCGCUGUGUCUGCUCCAAUCAGUACAGGGGAGACCACUGCCAGUACCCCAUCACCCUGUGCGACGGUCACAUGCUGGGCGCGGGCGGAUCGUCGUGGCACUGCAACCACACGCACGUGGAGACCCUCUGCUACGUGUCGUGUCCCGCAGGAUUCGAAUUUCAGGCGCCCGGAGCGGCACCAGUGUACCGGUGCAGCCUGCAGGGUGUCUGGGACCCACCUUUCGUUCCCCCGUGUGUUCCCGACUACACAAGUUCUUCCCGUACGAACGGGACAGCGCACGGAGACUUCCACCAGGGCCAGCAGACGGUCACAGAGGGCUCUGAGCAUGGCGGUCAACAGCAGCUGGAUCUCGGCGGACACGUGACAGAGGUCACCACGAAAAAGAACUUGACCAGUGCAUCGCUGACAGACAAAGGCUCCGACCUUCCACCUGAUCAGAUUCCUGGAGAAAAUGAGCUUCCUCCACCGUCCACCGGUGUGUGCAGCACGUGGGGUCGAUUCCAGUUCAAGAGCUUCGAUGGCACUCUGUUCCGUUUCGCGGGUGCCUGCAGCUACGUCCUGCUCAAAGACUGCGCCCAGCCGGACCCCUCGGCGAAGUUCUCGGUGGAACUGCAACACUCUGCGGGCUGCCCCGACGUGGCCAACUGCACUCGAACUCUGCAUCUUGUCGGCGCGGGAGCCGGUGAGCGCGUGAGCCUAACCCUGGGCCAGCCCCCGCCACAGGACGCCCAACCACUCGUCGACGCUAUUCCUGGCCUGAGCGCGCAGCACGCCGGAAAAUACCUUGUUCUCCAAAGUCCGCAGGGAUACACCGUGUGGAUCGAUCAGGAGUCCGUUCAGAUUCGAGUGACGUCCGCCCUACGCGAGACCGCGUGUGGCCUCUGCGGACACUUUGACGGGGAGCCGUCCAACGAUCUGGUUGUCCUAGACGCCAGAAGCGCCCUCACACCGCGCGAGUUUGGAAUAUCGUGGGUGGUUGAAAGAGAUUGCAUCCACAGCGGCCUUGAGAGGGAAGCCUGCGCAGUCCGGUCCAGCGCUGACAAGAAUGUAUCCCUGGCGGCUUUCGACCGCUGCUCCAUCAUCUUCAACGACAUCUACAGAGAGUGUCACAAGGUAUUAAGGCCGAACCGUUUCUUCGAGUCAUGUCAGCAGGACUGCUGCGACAGGCGUUCGCCCUCGGGCUGCGAGUGUGCCACAUUGGACGAGUACUUCCGCGAAUGCCAACGCCUCGGUGUCGAGCUCAAAGAAACUUGGAGAAGAGACACAGUUUGCCCACACACGUGUGACGGUGGCAGUGAAUACCGCGAGUGCGGUCCUGCGUGUCGUGCCACGUGCGCCGACCGCGAGCCGGCGUGCGCGCUCAGCCAAUGCGCCUCGGGCUGUCACUGUCCCCAAGGACUGCUCUGGGACAACGGUCGCUGCGUGGAGUCCAGUGAGUGCGCCUGCACCUACAGGGACCGGAAGUACCAGAGUGGCGAGCAGAUCGACCAAGACUGCAACACAUGUGUGUGUGACGACGGCCGCUGGCAGUGCACCAAGGCCAUAUGUGACGCCACAUGCUCGGUCCUCCUGGGACGCAUCUACACCACCUUUGACGGCGGCCGGUUUCAGACGCGCGGCCAUUGCGGAUUCAUUCUGCUACAGGCCGAAGGCAUCCGGGUAAUUCAGAACAAGCAUGUGUGCGCUGGCCUUCCAAAGGACGCCGUCUGCUUGGGAGACAUACACAUACAAAUCGGCGAGAACAUCCUUGUGUCCAUCAACCAGCAGCUGCAGGUUCUCGUCAACGCCCGAGAGCUGACGUCACUUCCCGCCGUGCUCCCGAACGUCACAAUCACGAAGCCGACUUCCUUCUUCAUCGAGGUGGAGACCCGAGGUCUGACGCUCCUCACGGACGGCAAGAGUCGUCUCGUCCUAACUGCCACCGAGGGUCUGUACACAAAGACGAUGGGCAUGUGCGGCACCUUCAAUCACAACAGCCAGGACGACUUCUUGUGUCCCGGAGGAGACAUAGACUACCAGGUGGAAUCGUUCGCGAAGCAGUGGGCUGACGGCGAGUGCGCCGGCGUUGAGGCUGUGACAACGCAGUGCGACCAAGACACCCUGCUGUGGCCAGAGAGCAAGCACAUUUGCAGGCAGCUCUACCAGGGCGCCUUUACUGUGUGUCAUCAUUCGGUGAACCCGGACCCGUACUUCGAGCUCUGCAUCCAAGCUUCGUGCGGCUGCCACUCAGACUCUGGAGACUGCCUCUGCCCCGUGUUCUCGCACUACGCGCAUGCGUGCGCUUCCAAGGGUCACGUGAUCGACUGGAGACCUCAAGUGCCCGUGUGUGGCGUGUACUGCGAGCACGGCCAGACUUACCAAAGCUGCGCUCCGGUAUGCGACUCCAGUUGCGCGCUCAUCGGUCGCAACACGUCGUGUGGCGGACGCUGCGUGGAGGGAUGCGCCUGCGAGCCGGGCUUCAGCCUCGACCGCCGGGGCCGCUGUGUGCCCGUCAGCCAGUGCGGCUGUCUAUUCGCCGGACACGAGUACCCUGCAGGAUUCAAGCAGCGUAGACACGAUCAGCACUGUGAGUGCCUGGCAGGCCAGUGGCACUGCAGACCGGCGAGCGCCGACGAGGUGAUCCUAGUGCCUCCGGCGGGUGAGUGUGGCACGAACGAGGAAUACACCGAGUGCCGUUCCAACUGUCCGGCCAGCUGCGCGACACUGCACAGCCCACCGGCCGCUGGAAGCUGCGCCGUCGACGUGUGCCAGGCUGGAUGCCAAUGCCGAAAGGGUUUCGUCCGAGACGAGAGGACCGGAUCGUGCGUUCCUCCCACUUCGUGUCCCUGCCAGCACGGACUGCGAAGCUAUGCCGACGGAGACAAAAUUGACAUCGAAUGCAAUCAGUGCACGUGCGAGCGCGGCCGCUGGCUGUGCACUCAGCACGAGUGCGCCGGCACGUGCGCCCUGUGGGGCGACUCUCACGUGCGCACCUUCGACGGGGUGUCGUUCGACUUCCGCGGAACGUGCGACUACGUGCUGGCCAAGGGCCGCCUCUCCGGCAACGAGAGCGUCAGCGUGGUCAUGCAGAACGUUCCCUGCGGAAGCAAGUCGUCGUGCGCCAAGACCGUCACCGUCAUCGCUGGUUCGGAGGAGCCCCUGGUGCUGACCGAGGGUCACCCGGUGCCUCCAGUCCGGGAGGAAAGCGGCAUGAGCGUUCGCAGCAUCGGUCUCUUCGUGGCCGUCUAUGUUCGUGGAAGUCUGAGCGUCUACUGGGACAAGCACACCCGCGUCUAUGUCGUCGCUGGACCUGUGUGGGCAGGAAAGCUCAGUGGUCUGUGCGGUAACUUCAACGGCGAUGGCACCGACGAGUUCCGGUCCCCGUCGGGUGGACCAGCCCUUCCUCAGGCCGAAGAGUUUGUGGACUCGUGGCGCCUGCACAGCUACUGCGCACCAGCACUACCUGCGCAGCACGGAUGCCUGCAACGCCCCGAGCGGCGAGAGUGGGCAGCGUCCCGAUGCGCGGCACUCAAGGAGCAGCCCUUCCGCGAAUGUCACAGCGAAGUUGACGUGCAACCAUUCUACGAUCGUUGCGUGUCGGACACGUGCUCUUGCGACACAGGCGGAGACUGCGAGUGCCUGUGCACCGCCCUGUCCGCAUACGCCCACGAGUGCGCCCAAAGAGGAGUCCGCGUCCUUUGGCGCUCUCAAGAACUCUGCCCGGUUCAGUGCGAAACGUGCGACCAGUACUCCGCGUGCGUGAGUGGCUGCGAACCUCCCAAUUGCGCCCACCCGGCGUCCGAGACCAACUGCCCGGAGGCGGCGCCCGUUUGCCUCGAAGGUUGCGCCCCGGCACGGUGCCCGACGGGCGAAGUGCAUCGCAAUGCCACCGACCACCACUGCGUGCCAUACGCGGACUGCGAGAUACCGCCAGAGACCGGCUGCAACGUCGGCGGAGUCCCCUACAAGGAGGGACAGAGGGUCGCCACGGCCAAUCCGUGCCAAUCAUGCUUCUGCAAGAAAGGUCAAAUCGAGUGCAUCGGCCGACCGUGCCCCUUGGAGCUGAAAACUUGCAACCAGAGCGGCUGGUCUGACUGGUACAGCAUGUCUACACCUCAAUUUCAGCGGGGCAACGACGUCGAGAUCUUGCUGGCGCACGCCGACCGUUGUCCGGUGGAUAACAUGGUACGCGUCGAGUGCCGUACCGUCGACGGGCACGUACCGUGGAAUGAGACCGGGGAUUCGAUGCUCUGUUCGGUUGCCACCGGACUGCGUUGCCUCAAGGAAGACCAGGACGGCGGGCCCUGUGCUGACUACGAGAUGCGGGUCUACUGCGAGUGCGCCGAAGAAACAACGCCGGUUCCUCUCAUACCGACCACUGUGACAUUGACCGGACCUUACUGCGACGCCUGGACGCCGUGGAUCAACCAGGACACUCCCUCGGAUGACGGCGGAGACAACGAGCUGUUGGCCAACAUUCAGCGCUUCUCGGAGAUAUGCCCAGAGUUGGCAGCCGUAGAGUGUUUGCCCGUUGACCCAGCGCACAGUACGGACGUGGAGCAAGAAAUCGCAAAGUUUGCCGAGCCGUGCAAUAAGAAGGGACUCCUCUGCACGCCUGGCACACCAUGCGUCGACUACAAAGUCCGCGCAUACUGCAAAUGCCCGUCGACGGAAGUCCCCACGACACCGGUUCCUGAAGUCACCACAACAAUAAGUGUGUGUCCUCCGGGUAGCCGGUGGUCAGAAUGCGGCGUCCGCUGCAACGCCACCUGCGACCACUUCUUGCACGCGCUGCGCUCCGAGGGUUUCUGCGUGGGAGAGGACGCCGUUUGCGUGCCCGGAUGCUUCAGUGCCGGCUCCCACUGCGAACCGGGCAGCCUGCACUUCGACCGCGAGAGCUGCGUGCCCGCUCAGCACUGCCCCUGCUACAUGCCGGGCAGGGAAGCACCACUUGCACCGGGAGAGGUCGUGGAGCUAGAGUGCGAGAAAUGCCAGUGCUUGCACAAUCAAGUGAGCUGCGUCGGCGUUCCAGGCUGCGGCACUACCCCUGCGCCGGAGACUACAACCACGCCAGCGCCUACGACAGUGUGGUCGCCGUCUCCCGAAGGUGGCUGCUGGACUCCGUGGCUGAAUGACGACGUCCCUGAAGGCCCCGGAGACUUCGAGGAUAUCCGCACGCUUCAGGCUGAGGGCAAAGCAUGCGUAGACCCUGCAGCUAUUGAGUGCAGAGUCGCCGGCAACAAGACGCACUGGACGCAGACGGGACAGAAAGUGGAGUGCUCCUUGAAGCAUGGUCUGCGCUGCUGGAACACUGACAACAGGCCGCACAGCUGCUUGGACUACGAAGUGCGCCUAUACUGUCCAUGUGAGGAAGUUGUUCCAACAACGACAACGAAGGAGGUUGUGACGCCUGAGUGCCGCCAAGGUUGGAGCUCGUGGAUAAACAGUCACCCAUUGGACAACCUCGGAGACCAGGAGAGCCUGCAGUCGGUGAUUGAGUCCGGUCUAUUAGAAUGCCCGAGACCAACGUCCAUAGAGUGCAGGGAGGCUGGAACUCAGGUACCCUGGAAUCUGCUAGGCAUGAUUGGUGUACGUUGCGACCUGUCGUCCGGACUGCUGUGCCGAAGCAGUAGCCAGCCGAAAGGCAGGAGCUGCGUCGACUUUGAGGUGCGCUUCUACUGCGACUGUGGCGAACCGACUGUGCUGCCCCCACGCGUGACGUACAGCACGACGCCCGUCCCGACAACCGUAACAGUCGUCACGACACAGCGCCCGUGCGCAUAUUGGUCAGACUGGUUCGACACUAGCCGACCCGGCGUCGAUGGUCACGAUGGUGAGCGGGAACCUGGAGUUCGCGGCCACCCAGAGCUGCAGGGCUUCUGCGAACAUGGCUACGUGAGCGCGGCCAAUUGCCGGAACGACCAGGAUGUCGACUUCAGCGAGACGGGUCAACUGGGACUCGAGUGCUCCACAACAAAUGGCUUCACCUGCAGCGAUGCGGAUCAGCCAGCCGGACACCGAUGCGACAACUACAAGAUUCGAUUCUACUGCUCCUGCGAGGGUUAUGUAUCAACGGAGAUCGUCGUCAUUCCAACAAAACCACCGACGCCGCAUCCUUCUUGCUCUUCAUUCAUCCGGGUCAUCGAUGGUCCCGAACCGAUCAGUGAUUCGAACCUGAAGGCCAGCAGCAGCCAGGACCCACUGAGCGGACCACAGGCAGCACGCCUCCGCAGCCUCGGAUCUUGGAUUCCAAAUCCUGGCAGCGGCACAGAAUUCAUCGAAGUGGACCUUGGAAAAGUGACGAAGGUGUACGGGAUCGAGACAGCCGGAGAUCCGUCGAUUGGAGCCUGGGUGACAUCGCUCAACGUGCUCUACAGUCAUGAUGGCGUCGCCUACAGUCAAAUAUCUAACCCGGAUGGAUCACCUAAGAUGCUCGGUGCGAACCAUGACGCAAGCUCGCUUCACAAGCAAUACUUCGAGGAACCUAUUGAGGCCCGUUUCGUACGCAUUCAGCCGCGGAGCUGGGAAAACCAAGUAGCACUGAAACUGGAGCUCUUAGUCUGUGCCAUCGAGACCUUUACCGUCAAACCAACGUUGAAACCUGGAGCACAAGUUGUCUGCCAAGAGCCAAUGGGACUUGAGAGCGGUUUGCUGGACCAACAGGCAUUGCACGCUUCGUCCGAAAGGGAUGAAGAGCACGAAGCCAACGAGGGAAGGCUGGGCGGCAAAAGCUGGGUUGCCGGUGUCGCCGACAAGCACCAAUACCUACAGGUGGACUUUGGCGAGCCCCGCGAACUAACCGCAGUUGUAACCAAGGGUCGGGAGGAGGCCGCGCAGUGGGUCACCUCCUACACGGUACAGCAUAGCAACAACGCGCACAGGUGGAUCACGAUCAAGGACGCCGAUGGAAACAAUUUAGUGUUCACGGGCAACUUCGACGCCAGCACAGCAGUGACGAGGUUGUUCCCGAGGGCGGUCAGUGCUCGAUACUUGAGGAUAGUGCCCGUCACCUGGAAGAACUGGAUCGCCCUCCAGCUCGAAGUGCUGGGAUGCGAACCAGCGCCUAGGCCUACCGUUACUACUCCAAUUCCAACUACGCCGGUUAGCGAGGGACCAAUCGUCGUGGAAGUAGAAUUCCGCUGCCCGGAACCGAACGGCUUGUUUCCGGACGCACAAGACUGCCGCCGCUUCUACCACUGCUCGAACGACCAGCCACACCACAAGUGGUGCCCCGGCGAUCUUCACUUCAAUCCGAAACUGCUCGUGUGCGACUGGCCUUACAACGCCGGAUGCGAACAAGGCGGAAAGCUGGAGAUAACACCACCACCUACCGAGGAGCCAUGCGUGGCGUACGGCCCGUGGGUGAGCACGAGUGAGCCGACGCCGGAGACCGGAGGUGACGUGGAGGACGUGGCCAGGGUGGUGGCCGAGUCUGGACUCUGCCUUUACCCAAUUGGCAUCGAGUGUCGCGAGUAUGCCACCGACGCCGACUACAGCAAGACGGGGCAGGUCGUCAGCUGCGACCUGGAGCGGGGACUGCGCUGCGUCGACAGCGAUCAGACAGACGGCCGAACAUGUCUGAACUACAAAGUGCGCGUCAAGUGCUGGACUUGCGCGCCUCCGACGACGACGGAACUUCCAACCAUUCCGCCGGCCGUUCCAUGUCCGGAGGUGGAAAUUGCAGACAACGUGACUUCCUGCCCACAAGGAUGUGCCACUGGAUUCGCCUGCGACGGAGAACAGUGUGUCCACGUGGCGGACUGCCCCUGUGUCCGCGAUGGCAAGAGAUUCCCGGUGGGCGGCAUACUGGAGACAAGAACGUGCCACGAGUGCCAGUGUCACCUUGGAGGACGCUCCAGCUGCCUUCCUAAGACUUGUCCACCUUGCCCCAAGGGUCGGCCUCAGACGGUGAACGCGGAUUGCUCCUGCGAGUGCGGAAGUUGUCCACAAGGCCAUCGACUCUGCCCGACCUCGGGAGAGUGCAUCGCAGAAGAGCUCUGGUGCGACGGAGUCGUCAACUGCGACGACGACGAGACGAACUGCGAAAGGACCACGACUCUACCUCCGUGUCCUCCUCUCGUAAAGAAGUUCUGCGCCAAGGGUGAAACCUUGGUCUUCGUCAAAGAUGAUCUCGGCUGCGAGCAGUAUGCAUGCGAGUCCGGUGUCCCGCCGCCUGCAACUGCUCCUCCCCCAGUCGUCGAGUCUGAGUGCGAGCUGGUUGGCCAUCACUUCAACACUUUCGAUGGUAGCCAGUUCGACUACAGCUACUGCAACCACGUGCUCGUCCGCGACGCCGCUGCGGGAAAUAUCAGCAUCUCUGUGCAGAGAGACUGCGCACUGGAGGACGAGACCACGUGCCCCAAGCGAGUGACGAUCGAGCAGCUGAGUCGUCGCAUCGUGCUGGGCACAGACUUGUCGGUUCGCGUGGACGACUUCGAGUACACCGCGAAGCAGCUGCCUCUGCUUGCGGAGCGCAUUCCGGAGUUCGAGAUCAUGAACAUCGGCGAGCAGAUCUACUUCCGCUCCCGAGUCUUCAGCAUCGAACUGAAGCUCGACAUUCGUGGUCGAGUUAGCGUCAAGGUGAACACAUCGUUGUACGGUACCCUGGCUGGUCUCUGCGGAUUUUUUAACGGUGAACCCUCCGACGACUUCGUGACACCAUCCGGAAGUCAAGCGCCGAACGUCGCGGAAUUCGGCGACAGCUGGCCCACGCCCGGUGCAGGAGAAGAUUGCCGCCCUCUGGAAUGCCCGAAAGAAGUCCUCAUAGCAGCAGCUGCCAUAUGCAACAAGCUUAGGGAGGAGCCUUUUUCUGUGUGUCCAGGGCUGGACACGCAGCUUUCCAACUGCCUCAGCGCCACGUGCGAGUGUCUUCAGCGGGGCAACGCGACCAGCGAGUCCGAGUGUGCCUGCGAGGCCUACCUGGAUGCGGUCACUCACUGCGAUAUCGAGAACCGAGACGAGACGCUGCAGGGAUGGCGCCUGCGACACGGAUGUGUGCCCGACUGUCCACCAGAGAUGCAAUGGCUCGACUGUGGACCAGAAUGCCAGCUGACCUGCCAGAACUUUUUGAACGGCGAAGUUGGCUGCGCUAGCAAGAAGUCCUGCAAUCCCGGAUGUUUCUGCCCGCCGGGAACUGUGCUCGAAGGCGACAUAUGCAAGAAUCCCGACGAAUGCGCUGACAAGGUGUGCACGGGCUACGGCGACCCGACCAUCGAAACGUUCGACGGCUGGAAGUUCCAGCUACAGUCCAGCGGGCACUUCGACUUGGUCUCGGACUCCGAGGGACGAUUCACCGUAGACGGUGUGACCGGAAAGUGUGAAGAGCGGCUCACGUGCAUCGUGGGACUCAACGUGGAACACAAGAAUCACGUGGCACGCAUCAGAAGGCAGAAGCCGGCGGUAAUCGACGGCAACGAGUACGAAGCGAAAGACCUGCCAUGGAAGGGCGACGGUCUCACCGUGUUCGCGAUGCCCGGACAGGUGACCGUCGUGCUUUUCCAAGAGUUGGGUGUUCAGGUGCGCUACAACGAGAUCAGCGCUGCUUUCUCCAUCCACGUGCCUUCCAAGAACUUCUUCAACAAAACCGAGGGUCUCUGCGGUAACUGCAACGGCCAGCCAGAUGACGACAAGAAGAAGAAAGACGGCACCAUCUCGGAUGACCUCGUCGAUUUCAUCUGCAGCUGGGAAACGCAGCUUUCGCCCGAGGAAUGCGUCAUGAAUUUCACUGGCGUCGAGCCAACAGCACCUCCUCCGCCGGGGGCCUGCUCGGAAAUGCUCGACCGGUCGGUUUUCGGCGAGUGCCCCAAUCUGGUUGACGUGUCCAAGUACCUGGAUCAGUGCCGUCAUGACACCACCUUGAGCGUCACGGAGAACGCAGCCACGUGCGCUUCUCUCGUCGAGUACGCGCACGCCUGCUGCCGCGCUGGCGUGCACGUCGACGACGCCUACAUACAGCGAUUCUGCAACAUAUCGUGCCCUGGUGACACGGCGUACAUGAGCUGUCACGAUGGCUGCCCACAGACCUGUGAUGCCGAGUAUCGUGAAGAAAAGGGUGUCAAAGGUGGCUCCGCUGCCAAGAGCCACUACCACAAGGCCGACUGCAAGAAGCUUCUGGUCGAUGGAUGCUUCUGUCCCGAGGGAUCGGUCUUCCUCGACGGAAUCUGUAGACCACGAGAAGUCUGCGACCUUUGUGAUGAGGAAGGACACAAGGUGGGUGACGAGUGGCAGCGUGACAAGUGCACCCGCUGCACGUGCAAGAAGGGUGGCCGUGCCGACUGUCAGCACGAGGUGUGCCCACCAGACCCUGUAUGCCGUGAGGACCAAAAAUUGGUGCGCCAGAGUGACAAAGACAGCUGCUGCGACGAGAAACACUGCCAGGACGUGGUUGAACUGUGCCCAGAACUGAGCCUGCCCAAGUGUAAGAAGGGUGACGUGGCCAAGACCAGGACGGACGAAAGGGGUUGUCCAUUGUACUUCUGUGAGUGCGACCCGGCACUGUGCCCUCCCGUGGUGUGGCCCACCGACCUGGAGAUUGGCCAGGAGGUCGUUAUGACGCCAGAGGGCUGCUGCGCUACUCUCGAAGCAGUCUGCUACCCGGAAAAGUGUCCGCCCGAGCCUUCUUGCCCGCCCGGCACCAAGCUAGUCGCCACGCCCGGGGCAUGCUGCAACAACUACAAGUGCAAAGCCCCCGAGGGAGUGUGCUUGUACACGCAUCAGUACGAAGUCAACGACGAAGGCCGGGAGGUGCCCGUUGAAAUGUACCGCCAGAACGUCUCUUUCUACGAGGCUAACAGCGUUUGGAGGGACGGUCUGUGCCGAAACUGCUCCUGCGACGGCUCUGGGUCUCAAUUCAUGGCACGAUGUACGCACGAGACCUGCUACGAGAGUGCCGAGCUGCCUGACGACAAGGACUACUACUUGACCGUGGUGGACGUGCCGCUGCGAUGCUGUCCCAGCAUCGUGCGACUCUUUUGCAAGGACGACUACGGCAACAUACGCGAGCCUGGCGACGUGUGGCAGUCUCGCGAGGACCCGUGCCAGUCGCACGUUUGCGAGAGAACCACGGCGGGAGAAGUUCACAAGGUUCUUCGCUCCAUCGUAUGUCCCAAGUGCCCCGAGAAUUCGCAGGAGAUCGCCCCGCCUAAGGGCGAGUGCUGUCCCCGCUGCCAGGUAGUGGCGUGUGACGAGGCCGGCAUGCUACACCCGGUUGGCACUCGCUGGAACUCUACCAUCUAUCCGUGCUACGUCGCUUCGUGCGAGCAGCACGGCGACAGCGUGCGCACAGUCUACAACAGCCCUUCCUGUGCACCUGUGUCCAAAAAGUGUCCCAAGGAUAUGGUAGUAUGGGACGAAAAUCACUGCUGCCAAAAAUGCAACAUCACCACUGUGUCCGAAGAAGUCUGCUCACCCGCACCGAUGGAACUUCAGCAAACCCUCAAGAAGUUCGUGUACCGCCAUCAAAAGUGGGGACUUUGUGUCAACACAGAGCCAGUUCAAGGAGCAAUGGAGUGCGCCGGCAACUGCGAGUCACAUGCUUAUUUUGCGACUGGAGAUUCACAGGAGCUUCAGUCUGACUGCAAAUGUUGCAAGCCUUCAACUUGGAGUACGGUGAAGAUUGAACUGAGGUGCCAGAACGGGAGAAAGCUAGCGAGAUCGUUCAACCAACCAGCCGCGUGUUCCUGUACGCCGUGCGUUCCCAGUACCAGAGAACGAGAAGAACCCUAUGGUAAUCAAGGUUUUGUCGGUGUCAAGAUCCCCUUAACAAACACUAGUAUGUACAAAACGAUGCAAGGCGAUCAGCCACCUCGAGACGAGGAAGCGAACAAACCAAAUACCGAAGUUGAGUCGAAGCCAACUAAACCCGAAAGCAAUGUUCCUAUUGCCCAAGUUCCCUACAGUCCAGAGAAGGAGGAAGAAAACCCAAUAAGAUUUGAGCCCAUUGCUCAGCAACCAUACAAACCGGAAGACGUGGCGGAACAGCCAAAGCGACCUGAGCCAAUCAGCCAAAUCGCACAAGAACCCUACAGGCCUGAAGAUGUUGAAGAGCCAAUACCAGCGAAACCGGCAGGACCAAUCGCCCAGGAACCAUUCAGACCAGAAGACGUGACAGAACAACCAAAGCGACCUGAGCCAAUCAGCCAAAUCGCACAAGAACCCUACAGGCCUGAAGAUGUUGAAGAGCCAACACCAGCGAAACCGGCAGGACCAAUCGCCCAGGAACCAUUCAGACCAGAAGACGUGACGGAACAACCAAAGCGACCUGAGCCAAUCAGUCAAAUCGCGCAAGAACCCUACAGGCCUGAAGAUGUUGAAGAGCCAACACCAGCGAAACCGGCAGGACCGAUCGCCCAGGAAGCAUUCAGACCGGAAGACGUAACGGAACAACCAAAGCGACCUGAACCGAUCAGCCAAAUCGCUCAAGAACCCUACAGGCCUGAAGAUGUUGAAGAGCCAACACCAGCGAAACCGGCACGACCGAUCGCCCAGGAACCAUUUAGACCAGAAGACGUGACAGAACAACCAAAGCGACCUGAACCGAUCAGCCAAAUCGCGCAAGAACCCUACAGGCCUGAAGAUGUUGAAGAACCAACACCAGUGAAACCGGCAGGACCGAUCGCCCAGGAACCCUUCAGAUCAGAAGACGUGACGGAAAAACCAAAGCGACCUGAGCCAUUCAGCCAAAUUGCGCAAGAACCCUACAGGCCUGAAGAUGUUGAAGAACCAACACCAGUGAAACCGGCAGGACCGAUCUCCCAGGAACCAUUCAGACCAGAAGACGUGACGGAACAACCAAAGCGACCUGAGCCAAUCAGCCAAAUCGCACAAGAACCCUACCGUCCAGAGGACGUACCACCCCAAAAUCUAUCAAAGCCGAGCCUACCAAGUGCCCGAGAGCGUUUGCAUCAAGAAGCCGUGGAGGAGAAAGCUCGACAACCCGGGUCAAUGAGCCAAAUAGCACAAGAACCGUAUAGGCCGGAGGAAGUUGUGGAACAGCAGCCAUGGAAUCCGUUUUCUCCGAUAAGUCAAGUGCCAUAUAAUCCUGAAGACGCAGCUGGCCCCGAGUCUUUCAGCUCAAAUCGCCCAUUCGCUCAGGAGCCAUACAGGCCUGAAGACACGCCGCAUCAUAUACCGCCGGCUGGCCAUGGCCCCAUUGCUCAGGAGCCUUACAGGCCCGACAUUGACCAAUUGAGACAUGGUGGUGGCUUCGGCUUAGGUCUUGCCGGAGGCGUCGGCUUAGGCCAUGGCGGUGGCUUCGGGUUAGGUCAUGGCGGCGGCGUUCAAGGCGGCGUAGGGGUCGGUAACUCUGGUGGACUGCACGCUGGCCUUGCUGCCGGUUUUGACGGUGGUCAUCACGGCAACUUUGGCGUCCACUUUGGCGGACGUCUUCCAGGUAGCAUCAGCGGAGGUGUAGGAGGUCACCUUGUCCCAGAGAUCGGUGGCGGCUUAGGUCAUGGCGGCGGCGCCCAAGGCAGCGUGGGAGUUGGUAACGCUGGUGGACUGCAUGCUGGCCUUGCUGCAGGUGUUCGUGGCGGCCCUCAUGGCAACGUUGGCGUCCACUUCGGCGGAAGUCUUCCAGGUAGCAUCCGCGGGAGCGUAGGAGGUCACCUAGUCCCAGAUAUUGGUGGCGGUUUAAUACCAGACAUAGCACAUGGUGUCGCACAGCAUGCUUCGCACGUCGUAGACCACGGUGUGGAUGCGGCUCUUGGGCAUCUGCAACGUCAAAUUGACCAAGCCGCACUCAAGCAUAACCUCCAGCCUACGUACGCUGCGCAAGUGCCGUACAGACCAGAAGAUGCCGCAGAACAUUUCAACUUUGGAUUGGGUGAAUUCGGUAGGCAUGAACCCCCAGUUGUACCGGAACGCUUGGAACAGAGCGAGCAGUUCGCGCCGGGAAACCGAAAGAAAUCACGAGGGGGAUCUAAAAAAAGGAAGGACAGGAGCAGACGACCCCUCAGUGAUAUCUAGAGCUGACUCCCUCCCUUUUCAAACGAGCUCGCCGUCUCACCGCCCUCUUCUGAGCAUAAUCAAAACAUACAGUGUCCGCCAUGUUUUUUACCAAAAAUUAAGACAAAAAGAAAUAAAGCUCUGUCUUCAUGGUUGUAC